AUUCGGGAGAAGGUAGCAGCAGCUCUACGUGCUGACCCGUUGCUCCCGCGUGCUUAGACCCCUCAAGUUUUUGAGCAAGCAGCUCACCAUCUGCAGGGAGCGGGUCUCGGCCGGACGCUGCCUUCAAACACAGCCCGAGGGCGCGCCACGUGCAUCUCUGCGACCCUGGAUGGGAGACCUUCCAGUCCUCAAAGAGCUAGGCGCGCGCCACGGAGAUCCUGUUGGAAAGAAACUGCAGCAAGUCCUGGAACAGCAGUCACUUCCGACCCUCUGCUCAACUAUUUGAGAAGAAUAGGAGUGGAGUGAUGGAGGAGCAGAAAUCACCAAGAUUCAGGAAGAGAGAGACGGAGGUGUAUGUCGGCAAUCUCCCGCUGGACAUCUCUGAGGAGGAAAUUCGGUGCCUUCUGAAGGACUUCAACCCUCUUCACGUCCACAAAAUCCAGAAUGGCUGCAAAUGCUUCGCAUUUGUGGAUCUGGGCUCCAUGCAGAAAGUGGCCCUUGCGAUCCAGGAGCUGAAUGGGAGGCUCUUCCAUAAACGAAAACUAUACGUGAAUUCAAACAGAAGAUCUCCCAAGAAGUCCCCUGAUGUGGCUGAGCGGCCCCAGGAGCUGCCGGUUUUGGAGAAGGCCUCUGGUCAAGGAUUUGCCAGAACCACUGCUUGUGCACAGUUCACUCCUAAAGCUUCUGGUGAUGCCUGUGUGCCAGAGAAGCCAAGGACAAGCGUCUUUGCGGUUCCCAUGGAAAUGAGAGGCUCCUUCUUGGUGCUGCUCCUGAGGGAGUGCUUCCGAGACCUGGGCUGGCUGGCCACCAUCCACGGCAUCGGCGGGGAAGUAGGCUUGCUGGUGACCAGUAUCGUCCCUCAGACCCCCUUCUUCUGGGCCAUGCAUGUCACCGAGACUCUGCACCAGAACAUGCAGGCGCUGUUCGGUGCCCUGGCCGAGGCGGAGGAGCAGCAGCCCUACCUGCACGACUUGGCCGUGCGGCGCGGGACCCGCUGUCUGGCCGAGUACCACCUGGGCGAGUACGGCCGGGCCUGGAACAGGUGCUGGGUGCUGGACCGCGUGGACUCCUGGGCUGUGGUCAUGUUCAUUGAUUUUGGCCGGUCAGCCACCAUCCCCGUGCAGUCCCUGCGCAGCCUGGACAGUGACGACUUCUGGACCAUCCCUCCUCUGACUCAGCCGUUCAUGCUGGAGAAAGGUGUUUUGAGUUCGUACCAGGUUAUUCAUCACAUCCUCAAAGGGAAAAUCACCGGCGCCUUGAACUUGGAGUCUCACAUCCUGAAGUUUGAAGAGUUUAAAUAACGUGGCUACAGCUGGCAUGUUCCCUCUCCUGCCAUCACUCUCAAGGCCUUGGGGAAGACAGAGGCCACAUUGGCCUUUCCCAAGCUCACCUCUCAGUUCAUCCUGUCUCUGCAGCCCCCCAGCUCAGAGUGAACAUAUGAACCAAACACGGUUCCAUGAGGUCAACAGAUGGAGGUAGCCGGUGUAUUCUUUCCCGUGUCUCCCCUUUGUGCCCCCAGAGCAUGAUGUAAGUUGCCCUGACAGAUUCUGGAGAAUGGAGGGGCCCCGCUGCUUAAUUUUCCUGGCAUUCCGUUGUAGAAUCAGGUAGGGAACAUUUAAACAUUGAGCUGUCACCUUGGUGAAUAAAUGUUGGCAUGCU